AUGGCAAAUCGAAUCAAAACACCAACAAAUGUCAAGUUACUCACCAAUGUAGCUGUAGUUCGAAUGAAAAAAUGUGGGAAACGGUUUGAAAUUGCUUGCUACAAAAACAAAGUGAUUAAUUGGAGAAAUAAAACAGAGAAAGAUAUCGACGAGGUUUUACAGACCCAGUCAGUAUUCAUCAAUGUUUCGAAAGGGCAGUUGGCAAAACGUGAAGAGCUUCAUGCUGCAUUCGGUACAGACGAUCAACUAGAAAUUUGCAAAAUACUCAUUGCUCUUCAAGAAGUUGUUAAUUUAUUCCAGAUCCUCGAGAAAGGAGAUCUUCAAGUUUCAGAAAAAGAGCGGCAGGUACAAUCUGAAUCAUCUUUCAAAGAAGUUGCCAACUUAAUAGCAAAUAUGUGCGUCAAUCCGGAAACCAAACGUCCCUAUUCAAGCAGUGUUAUUGAAAAUUCUUUACAUGAAUCUCAUUUCAGCCUUAAACCCAAUCGUUCAGCAAAACAGCAAGCUUUGGAAAUAAUUCCUCAAUUACGUGAAAAAAUGAAAAUUGAUCGAGCUGCAAUGCGACUUCGAGUGUCUGUUGAAGCGAAGAAAGCAAAAUACUUACAUGAUCGACUGAAAGUUAUGUUCAGAAAUAUUGAAGUUGAAGAUUGGGAACAGGGGAAAUUAGAGAUGGUUGGAUUAAUAGAUCCAGGUAUGUAUCGGCCAAUUGAAGAACUGCUUCAAAAAGAAGCGAGAAAGUCUAGCAAUUUAGAGUUACUGACAUUAAAAGUUAUUGGUGAAGGUGACAUUGAAAUUUCAUAA